AUGAUCAAGCACUUCUCUCCACACAUCAGCGGCACGAACGCGCCUCAGCACUCAGCGACGAUGAAGCCUCGAGUUGGUGGUGUCACAGUCGCUUCUUCGUCGCCUUUUUGUUCGGACAGAAAUCGUUUCCAAUUCAAGCCGUCAAAAAACGGAAGACUUUUAUACGGAGGAAGAAGAGGACGAGGAAGACACAUCUCCUCAACGUUUUCUUCUCAUAAAGACGAGAAAGACGAGAGUACUCGCGAUGAUACUGAUGCUGAGAAUGAUAAGGAGAAGUAUUAUUCCGCGAAAGCUAUUCGAAGAGGCUUCAUGGAUAAAACGGUUGAGUACGAUAAAAAGUACCUCUAUCACGGGAGGAAGCGAGUGUAUCAAGGCGAGGACGAGGACGAUGUAAACGACAAGAAACAGAUGAAGAAAAAGAUAUUCCCGUUCACGACAAAGAACGGGUUAAAUUUUGAAGGCGUUGAAGCGGAAAUACACGAAAUCGAAGAGAUUGUCGUCGGGAACGAUAUGAUCGGCGCGGAUCGAAUACGGCGCGUAGAGGAGACGGUAUCGAAGAGAGUGUUUAGCGUGCUCCCAAUAUUGGAGAACGUGUACGAUACCGGGAACUUUUUAGCGGUGUGUCGAUCCGCAGAAGCGCUGGGUAUAGGCGCGGUUGGCGUCGUCGCAGAGAAAGGUUUGGUUUUUAAACAGUCCGGACGGACGAGCGGAGGCGCCGUGAAAUGGCAGCACAUCUCGCAGUACGAAUCCACAAAGGAGUGCAUUGAAAAAGUGAAGAAGCGAGGGUUUCGAGUUCUGGUGACGGAUUUCGAUAACGAGAAAGCAAAAUCGGUUGGAGAGUACGAUUGGGCAGAGGUACCAACGGCUGUGAUAUUCGGUAACGAGUUGGAUGGAGUUUCGGAAACCGCGAAGGAGUUGGCCGACGGGAAAGUCUACUUGCCGAUGUCGGGUUUUACGGAGUCGUUUAAUUUAUCCGUAUCGGCGGCUCUUUUACUAUAUCACGCGACAGAAGAUAGAAAGAAGAGAAUAGCAUCAUCAUCAUCAUCAUCGCACGAACAACGGGGAGACAUGAGCGAAGACGAGGAACGUUUGUUGCGUGCGAUUUGGUUGAGUCGUUCAGUCGCGAAUUAUUCUAGGCCAAAAUACAUGAAAGGGUUAAUCGAACGGUUCAGAUUACGAAAGAAGAAAGGAGAAGAAGGGGAGGAGAGAACAACAACAACAACGAUCGUGCACGAUGAUUUCAACAAGAAAAGCAACGAUGACGAAAAAGAACACGAGGACAUCGUUGCUUUCCAAGAAAUUUUGCAACCGUCGCAACUUUUAAAACGAGGGAAGUUCUUAGACUAA